UCCCGGCGCGCCUUGCGCCGGAAGCCGCCUCAGAGGAAGGGGGCGGCGGGCGGCGGCCCCUUCGAACGGCGGCGCGGGCGGCCGGGCCCGGCCAUGGAGGCGGCGGCGGCGGCCUCGUGCCGGCAGCGGGCGCUGCUCCGCCAGGUGCUGGGCUGGAGGCUGGCGGCCGCCGUCGCCUGGUCCGUGCUGCUGCUGCCCGCCUGCACCGCCGCCUUCGUGCUGCUCGGCCGCGCACAGCCGCUCCGCCCGCUGCGCUGGAUCGCCGAUUCCUUCAAUGAUCUGUAUACUUCAUAUGUCAUCUUUUGUAUCCUUCUUAUGUCUGUGGUGCUACUAGUCAUAAGCAUCUUCAACGUCGAAUUCUAUGCAGUUGUGCCAUCGAUACCAUGCUCCCGAUUAGCGCUGAUAGGAAAAAUUAUUCAUCCUCAGCAAGUUAUCCAUUCAGCUGUUCACGCUGUAAUGGGAAUGCUGGUUGCUUGGUGCGCGGCAGUUAUGACAAAAGGGAAGUUCCAGUUUCUUGCUGUGCCCUGCACACCUUCAGAAAGCCUAGAAGAUGCUGUUCCUCAGAUGUGCCUGAAUGAGUAUCACCUCUUUUUUCUACUUUCUGGAGCUUUCAUUGGAUACAGUUAUAGCCUCUUGUAUCUUAUUAACAAUAUGAAUUAUUUGUCAUUUCCAAUUACGCAGCAAUACAAGUACUUACGUUUCAGAAGAUCUUUGCCUCUCCUUGUUAAACACAGUUGUGUGGAAUCGCUGUAUUUGGUUAGAAACUUCUGUGUCGCGUAUUACUUUUUUGGUUAUAUCCCAAAAGUAUGGAUAAGUACCACGAUGGAUCUUCACAUAGACAGUAAAUUGCAUCCCCUUGACACUCUCAGUGGCUUAUUGGACCUCUCCUUGUUCUACCAUACCUGGUUAUGUGGUGCAUUUCUUCUGAUUACUUGGUACAUUGCAUGGUUACUCUUCAAGAUCUAUGCUACAGAGACACAUCAUUUUCCUGUUCAGCCAACUUUUGCUGAGGAGACAGACCAGUGCCUGCCUAAAAUCUUAAACAACAACCCUCCCCUGAUUAUAAAGUUCUUAGCCUUACAAGACUUGAUGUUGCUUUCCCAGUAUUCCCCUGUUCGGCGGCAGGAAGUCUUUAGCCUUAGUCAGCCAGGUGGGCACCCACACAACUGGACCGCGAUAUCAAGGGAGUGUUUGAGUCUCCUGAGUGAUCUGACCCAGCGGCUGAUCGCACAGCAGGAAGCUGCAGCAGCAAAUGGGAGAGCAAAACAGCAAGCAGGAGAGAUGAAAGUACCUCCACAGACUCCAGCAGCUGCAGUGACAGAAGACAUGCCAUUCCAGUCACAGAGGUCUAACGUCAUUCACAGAGCCUCCAUGUCUUCCCUGGUUAAGUCGCCCCUAAUGCCUUCGAAGACAUCACCUGGGGCUGAUACUGGCUCACCUUUCAGUUCACCUGCUUUAACCUCCAAGGUGGGAAUUCUGGAUUUAAACUCUCCGUGGCAUGGAUCAGUCCAAAGUCCUCAUGUUAUGAGAAGGGGACCAAAGCUGUGGACAGCAGGUUCAGGUCUGCAAAUGAAUGGUUCCCACCACGAAUCCUUCCCAGUGCUCUCUGUUGCAAGAGUUGGCAGUGAGACAGUACAGCCCAGCUUUAUUUACACAUGGCUUCAGAACAAGCAAGAACAGAUAAAAAACUUCUUGUCAAAACGAGCGCUGAUAAUGUAUUUCUUCAGCAAGCAUCCAGAGGCCUCCAUCCAAGCUGUUUUCUCUGAUGCCCAAAUGCACAUCUGGGCAUUGGAAGGUCUGUCUCAUUUGGUAGCAGCUUCCUUUACUGAAGACCAAUUUGGAGUUGUUCAAACUACGCUGCCGGCUAUCCUGAAUACUCUACUGACGCUUCAGGAGGUCGUAGACAGACAUUUCAAACUGCCUCAUGUUUCUAGCAAACCUCCCAGGAUUUCGGGAAGUCUGGUGGACACAUCUUACAAAACGCUAAGAUUUGCACUUAGAGCAUCUCUGAAAACCGCGCUGUACCGGAUAACUACUGUCUUUGGGGAACACUUAAAUGCAGUGCAAGUGUCUCCAGAACAUAAGAAAAGACUUCAGCAGUUCUUGGAAUACAAAGAGUAAACAACAGAUUUUGAUACAGCUACAGUUUGUUCAAUACUCUUGGUAAGAAGGAAGUGGAACUACUGAGCUGUUUUAUCGUGGCUUUUUGGAAAAGCAUGUGGAAGCACAAGUUGCAGAAUAAAACUCUUAAAAUUGUAGAAAAUAUUUCAAUUUCGGAUUGGUUCAUCUUUUGUACAAUAAAAUGUUUUAAAAUUCAUCUUGCCUUCUUUUAAUAUCACAGGUGAGAGUGUCAGUGUGUCAGUUCUUAUUUCAUGUAAGACUAUGAUGUUGGAGAUUAUCAGUUACUUUGCCGGUCGGAUCCCUCACUGUUCCUCCCCCCUUGCCUUCUUUUCCUAUUCUCUCCUGAUAAAGGGCUGAGUAGAGAUUUACAUAGAUGCUUAAUGUGCCUAAGUGUUUCAUAAAUUCAGCUGAUAAUACUUUUAGUGCAGAUGAAGCAUGUACUUUAAGGAUAGGGAACAGAUGUGUCAAGGAAUAAAACAUCCUUCUCUUCUGUCAGAUGGAAAUAUUCCUUCUGAGCGAAAUGGGUGUGCAGGAAGGCAUUGUUAACACACAAAUACUACUUGAAGCUAUCAGCUUGGAUUUUAUCUCUAAGGUGACCUAGAAAACUAAGUUCUGAUCUACCCUGAAACAUACAGGAAACAUUACUCUAUGUAGUAAAACUCUGAGUAGUGAUACUGUGACAACAUAUUCAGAUAUUUUUAAAAAAAUACAU